UAGUGCCCAGACAAUGUUUAUGAUUUAAUAGUUAAAAUGGUUUUUCUGACUUCGAAUAAGCUUCCUUUGCUUUUCGCUUUAUCCUUAACUUGUUAUGAUAGUUGCAGCUAUUAAUGUGACUUAUUUAUUGCCAAUUUUUUUUUUUUAAUUGAAAAUUAUUUCCGCUAUUAUUAAAAAACUUUUAAAAAGUAGAGUAAUUGAAGAUUAAUAUAAAAGUACUCAGUACUCAAUAAAAUAGUCAAAAAAAGGAGUGGAUACAUUACUAAUAUAAGCAUAUGUUGAUGGCUUAAAUCUAAAAUAUUAUUUCUAUCUAGUGUUUAAGUGAGUGAACGCAUGCUAGCAACAAAGAAAAAAAGUUCAACAAAGAAAUCAUCUUUGACUAAUUAUUUUUCUGCGAAAUGGGGAAGAUGAGAUGCUGUCAAUUAAGUCAAAAGGUUUCUUUUGUUUCAAUGAUGAUGCUAACAACCACAUUCUUUAUUGUAGAAAUAGUUGUAGGGUACCUUACUAAUUCUAUGGCCUUAGUUGCUGAUUCAUUCCAUAUGUUGUCAGAUGUAGUAUCUCUUUUAGUUGGUUAUGUGGCUUUGCGCUAUUCUAAGCGUGGUCAAACUACAAGUCGAUAUACAUUUGGUUGGGUUCGAGCUGAAGUGUUGGGGGCAUUAGUUAAUGCUGUAUUUCUUGUUGCUCUUUGUUUUUCCAUUCUUGUUGAGUCAUUUAAACGAAUUGUUAUUUCAGAGCCUAUUGAAAACCCAAAACUUGUUCUUCUUGUUGGAGGUCUUGGUUUAGUUGUUAAUUUAGUUGGACUUAUGCUUUUUCAUCAACAUGGACACGGACAUUCACACGGCGGACAUGGGCACUCACAUGACCAUAAACCCUCCAAGAAAACUGCUACUCAUGGGCAUUCACAUGAGUCUCCAGAAAAAAAUUUGUUAAAUAAUAAAGUAAAUGAAAACUUUUCUGAUAUACCACUAAUCGACCUAAAAAAUGGUAUUACCGCAGAUACUGAAGUUGUUCAAAUGAAUUUUCAAACAGUAUCAGCUGAAAAGAAACUAACUGGAGCAUCACAGUUAAAUAUGCGUGGUGUUUAUUUGCAUGUACUUGGAGACGCACUAGGAUCGGUAAUUGUCAUGGUCAGUGCAUUGAUCAUCAUUUAUGUAAAUGGAAAAUGGACAAACUAUGUUGAUCCGGGCAUGAGUAUUAUUAUGGUGAUGAUUAUUUUGAAAACUUCCAUUCCCUUAUUGAAGGAGUCUUCCUUGAUUCUUAUGCAGACAGUUCCAACACACAUAAAAAUUCAAGAAAUACAGGAGCGCAUUGUUGAGCAGGUGCCUCAAGUUCUUAGUAUACAUGAGUUUCAUAUUUGGCAGCUGGCAGGAAACAAAAUUAUCGCUUCCGCUCAUGUUCAAUGUAAUACAUUGGAUGAUUAUAUGACAAUUGCUAACCAAUUGAAAGAGUUCUUCCACAAUGAAGGUAUUCAUUCGACAACUAUACAGCCAGAGUUUCUUCACGGACCUAAUAUCAACACUUCUUGCAUUCUUGAAUGUAAAGAGGACUGCGCUGAGCGUACUUGUUGUGGCGAAAAAGAUGGAAAUGAAUCACCGAAUCAGUUGGUAAAAGCUAAUCAAGCAGCACUUGCUACCUAAUCGAUUUUUUUAAAUUGUUUUUUUUAAUCAUUAAUAUCAUUUUAAAUUUUUAAGUUUUUUUUUAUAAAAUGAAUUUAGUUAAUAUAUUUGCAAUUAAUGCAAAUUGACACUUGUCAACUAUUGUCGUGUGUCAAUUUGUCAUUGCUUGUUUCUAUUUGUCUAUAGUUAGUAAAUAUUUUACAAUUCUACCUCAUUAUGUUAAUAAAUUAGCUUUAUUAUUAUUAAUAAAGAUUUUAAGA